UUUCCCCACUAUAUAUUAUUAGCAGAACAAGAAGGUGCUCUCUGUAUACUAAUCUGCGUCCAAAAUAUAAUAGCUUAUUUGAGAAAUGGCAGGACUGUUUGACAAGCAAGCUGAUCUAUACUUGGAUGGAAGGCCGACUUAUCCAGCCCAAUGGUAUUCAAUGCUAGCCGAUCACACCCUUCACCACUCUUUGGCUUGGGAUGUUGGCACUGGCAAUGGCCAAGCUGCUCUUGGUGUUGCUGAGCACUAUGAGCAAGUAAUUGGAACUGAUGUGAGUGAAGCUCAAUUAAAACGUUCAAUGACACAUCCACGGGUUCGAUACUUCCACACCCCAUUAUCCAUGUCUGAUGAUGAGAUAAUAAGCUUAAUUGGGGGUGAAGAUUCAGUUGAUUUGGUGACUGUAGCACAGGCUGUGCAUUGGUUUGAUCUACCAAAAUUUUAUUCCCUCGUUGCACGCCUUCUAAGAAAGCCUGGAGGUCUACUUGCUGUUUGGUGCUACAAUGAUGCUGUAGUGAGUCCUGCAUUUGAUUCAGCAUUUAAGCGAUUUCAUGACUCAACUCUUCCUUUUUGGCACCCGAAUGCCUUUCUCGCAAUCGAAGGUUACAAGAAACUUCCAUUUCCUUUUGAGAGUACUGGUUUGGGUUCUGAAGGGAAACCACUAGAACUUGACAUCCCAAAGGAGAUGUCAUUUGAGGGGUUUUUGAAGAUGAUCAGUUCAUGGUCAGCAGUCGUUACAGCCAAGGACCAAGGUGUUGAUUUGCUGUCUCAGACUGUUGUUAAAGAGUUGGAGACUGUUUGGGGUGGAUCUAAAGUGGUUAGAUCUGUCAUCUUCAAGGCUUUUAUGCUUGCUGGAAAAGUCAGGCUGUGAGAUUUUCUUUUCAAGCUUCAGCGAGGAGAAAAGUUUAUUGAAAUAAAGAGUUCCAGCUUAUUUGCCUGCUCCUAUUGUAUGACUUGUCUUCUUGCUCUUCCAAUAACGUGUUUGUAUGCUUUUCAUCCAUUUUAGCAACAGCUUCAUG